CUUCAAAUCUCUGGUUUUCACGUGAUCUCCUUUAAGACACAAUAUAAAGACCAUUAAAGAUUUUACAGUUAGUCUUAGCCAGAAUCUCCUAGAUUAAGAAGAUAGAAUUUUCUUCACACAAUUAAUUAAAUUAUUAAGUCUCACGUUAUUCUGACAGUAAGUCGUCUAUUCUAGCUAUCAACGUCCAAUAUAAGAAUAUACGUUACCCAGCCAAAUCGUCUAUCUUCGCAUCACAGUCGCAUAGAAACCCAAGCUGAGAUCGUUGCAACUCCAAUCCCAAUCAAGAUGACUCUCACGGUUCACCAUCUUGGCAUAUCACAGUCCGAGAGAGUCGUCUGGCUCUGCGAAGAGCUGGGCGUUGACUAUGAGCUGAAGAAGUACGACCGGGCCCCGAUCAUGGCACCGGAAGAAUUCAAGGCCUUGCAUCCGCUAGGCUCAGCGCCGGUCAUCGAAGACGGCGACGUUAAAAUAGCCGAAUCCGGUGCCUGUGUGGAGUACAUCUUGCACACCCGGGGCGGUGGGAAACUGGCGCUUGUUCCGGGAGACAAGGACUACGCCGAGUAUUUAUACUGGUUCCACUUCGCAAACGGCACUCUGCAGCCAACUCUAUUAACGCUCAUGAUGAUGUCUCGGAUGGGAGUAGAUGAGGAGAACAGUUCGUUCAAGCGCUAUACCGCUAGGCAAAAGCAGCUCAUCGAAUUCAUGGACCAACGCCUAUCCAAAGUGCCCUGGCUCGGCGGCGAGCAAUUCACCGCGGCGGAUAUAAUGAAUGUCUGCUGCCUCACGACGAUGCGCUGCUUCGCACCCUACGACCUCGGCGCUUACCCCAACGUCCUGUCUUACCUCCAGCGCGUCGCCGCACGAGAUGGGUAUAAGCGGGCGAUGGAGAAAGGGGAUCCGGAUCUGGAGAUUGACCGGUUGAUCGGGGCGGCCCCUCCGCCUAUGCAAAAAGCCGUGGCGGAAGCCAUUCGAGCCCGCGGACGACUGUAGGGGAAAUGAUAGGUCAUGUAGAUAUUAUUAUAGCCUAGGUAGGUAGGUAGCCUAGGUGUAUAAGCAGUCCAAAAAUCUGCAUGUCUUGAAGAUUGUUAGUGACACGACCCGGAUCUGACAUUGGGCAGAUGAGGGCAGAUGAGGCUGCGUACUUAUUUAUACGUGCUGGUCUCGCAAGAAAUAUGAGGCAUGUAAAUGCCUGCCUAGUAGGUGUCUACGAGGUGUCAGGAACAGUGAGCCCCAAAAGCUAAGGGAGGAAAUAUGUCGCUCAGGGUGGCAGGGUCGGUAGUACAAACUGGGCGUCAGAAAGGAGCGACAUGAUGUCGGUCCCGAGUCAGUUGACCGACUAUGCAGACCGGAAUCUAUGACUUAUGUACCUCAAAUCCCAUCAAAGCUAAGACCUCUUGCAGGGAUAAUCAAUCAGCCUUUCCUGUGGACUGGUUUUGCUUUUUCACCUGCAUGUGUCUCGGUGUUUUGUGACUCUGCUGGUACCUAAGUCC